AUAUUUGCUUGUCUAAUUUCGGCUCACGAAAUUUAGCAGACAGUGAGACCAGAAGUCACAUGAGAAUCACAAAAUCAGAGAAUGAAAAAUACAAACAGAAAGAUUAAUGGAUACAACGUCUAACAAUUUCAAUAAAGUCUCUUGUGUCUCUGCUGGAGAUGGAAGCCAACAACCCAGACAGGGCUGAGGAUGAAGCCAUGAACCCCCAAACGGGAUGCUCUUCAGCCGCCGUUCGACCGCGACGUAAACCUUCUGCCCAUAUGACACCAAAAAGAGGUCAAAAUUCACUGAUGUCACUGACACAGAGGUUUAUGGGUCUGGUACAUCAGUCCCCUGACGGCGUAGUGGACGUCCACAGCAUGGCCAAGGCCCUCAAUGCGCCAGUAAGACGUGUAUAUGACAUCACAAAUGUCCUUGAAGGGGUCCAGCUCAUCGAAAAAAAAGAAAAAAAACAAAUGCAAGUGAUUCCGAGUUUAAGGCACAAGCCUUUGGAUGAAGAAAUUGUGAAAUUGGCUGAGGAAGAGGCUCUUCUGGACAAGAUGAUCCCCCUAUACCAGAACAAGACUCAGCAGAUGUUAUUGGAUCCGGAGACCUCUAAAUACCUGUAUCUGACCCCAAAAGACCUCGAGGUGAUUCCCGACUUUCAGAGCAAGAGUGCCAUUGCAGUGAGAGCGAUGGAACAUGCAAAGUUCAGUCGCACUGCAGAGGGCUUCCAGGUCAGUGUUGCCUCUGAAGACCCAUUAGUCAUAUGCAAUGACCACCCGGACCCAAUAACAGUUCGAUACAACACCAGUGCUUUCUCGUCAACGGCGUUUCAUCUGCCGUUCAGAAAGUUGUCAUGCCAGGAGGCUGCUGAUGCCGCCGACACUCCACCUGAUGAGAGCUCAGCUACUGGAGGCAGCGUGGAUGUCUGCAUGGACGUCACUGGAGAACAAUAAGUGGAACCAGGCACUUGUUGAUCAAUAAUGUUCUCAAGUUUGGUUUCUUUUCUUCAAUUUUAUUUGGGCGCUAGGUGAACAAAACAAAUAAUGGUUGACGGGUUUCUCUUCCUCUUCACAUUUUCUUUUGUGUGUGGACCACUAGCAAGAACAUUUUAUACGAAUCAUGCCACUGUGAAUAUUCAUUCAAGCAUCAGCCUUAUUAAGAUAUAUUUUGGUUUGUAUUAUGCCAUGUGGGCUAAUUUUUGAAAAGACCUAGUUUGGCGUCUGUUUUGUAACUUUUUUUUUUUUUUUUACGGCCUGCUUAAAAAUUACAUUUACAAUACAUUUGAAAUGUGUUGCUUAUCAAGGGAUGUUCAUGUUGGGUUAAGAUGUGUUCAUCUGUGGUUUGUUGUACAAGA